UUUUAUCAUUGAUUAAAAAUGGCUAACGAUUUGAAACCGUUGCGCGAUGGUUAUGAAGUGUGGCCAAUCAAAUUGAUUAUUCGUCUGAUCUUAUGUGGCUAUUUGACGGGCCUGAUGAUAAGUUUUAUCUGGUAUCAAUGGCAUCCCCGGCAAAAGAAACGUGAUCUCAAUCAACGUUGGUUUCUAUUCAUUGGUCUCAGUGUGAUCUUUAUAGCACUUCUCUACAGUCGAGCCGUGAGAUGCAUAUUGACCCUGGCCGUGCCCUCAUUGGCCAGUUCACGUGGUCGUGCUCUGAUCAUUGCCUUUGCCUUCUUUGUGGCUGCCAUUGGACCAACAGCAAAUAUUUUAGCCAAUUUAAUGGUUAUGCUACGUAGUUUGGCCUGUGGCCAGGAAUUAUUGCGUCAGGUGUUGGGACAAAUGUUGGAUGUUAUAUUGGAACCGAUUCAUGCCAUACAGACUGCCAUUUCCCUGCUAUUGAACGAAGUGCGACGAGUCGUUAAACAUGUUACGGAAAUGCUCCUACGAAUUCAAGCCUAUCUAAUGAUAAUCAUUAAUACCUUGAAAAAUUGCGCUGCCUGGCUGAAAUCAAUUGUGGAACUUUGCAACACUGAAUUGGGUACACCAUGGCAACGUUGCCAGAGGGCAGCCGAUCGUGCCAUGAUCAAAUGUCGCCAGAAAUUGGGAAUAUUUCGCCCCCUUUGCUAUGCUACGAAAAUCUAUUUGGCCAUCUGCUAUCCAGCCAAAAUAAUUGAUGUCUUCUGUUCGGGUUUCUGGGAUCAAAGUUGGGAACUGCUAGACAAAAUUAUGGCAAGAUACCAUGAGUUUGUCCAUCACAUUGAGCAAAUGUUCGAUGUCACUAUAACAUUUGAACACGAUUUCUAUUUUGAAACAAAUGCCAGCAGAAAUCUAUCCGAUGUGGGUGAAGAGAUCAUUGAGGAUAUACGUCAACGCUUGGGACCAUUUGUUUUACUCUUGGGUUGGCUGGAUCUUCUUUGUUGGCUAAUGCUACUCACCGUGUUCAUUAAGGCCAUAUAUUUCUAUGCACGCUAUAUGUAUAGUCGAAAAUAUCAGAAUAAAUAUAUAACUGGAUCAUUAUAUUGGAUUGAUAGGCAAAGGCAACGACAUGGUGAGCCAACAGUUAUGCCUCUCAAGCGUCUUGAAAAAUUGAAAUAUAUCAAGAUAAAUAGUUGUCGUUUAACCCGCGGCGAGUGUUUUUUGAUUGCCAAGAAUACAUUUUUUAUGGUCAUUACGUGUGUUCAACUUUUUACAAUUUGCUUUGUGGAUUAUAGUCUAUUUUGGCUUUUGGCCACAAUGUCAUAUUAUGGCCAUCAACAGGCCGAUUUGGAUGUACCUGCCUAUAUAGAUCUGGAGAUAAAGGGUGGCGGUUUCAUUGGUGAUAUAAUGAGGGGAAUGGCCAAUGCAUUUCGUCCUUUAACACAACGAAGUACGGUGACCACUCAGCAUUGUUUGCCCCUGCCUAGAGAACCAAAUUACUGGAGAUAUUGGGAAAUUCUGGCACUUUGUAUUGUGGCCUGGUUAAUUGGUAUUGCUGAACCAUAUGCCCUGCGAUUGCGUCAUGUGAUAAUGCGUUGUUUCUAUCCAGAACGAGCCCAUAUAAGGGCUCUCUAUUUGCAUAAUAAAAUCCUAACGGAAAGAGUUAGUUUCUUUAAGUUCGCGCGACGCAAGGCCAGAGCAGCCUUUAUGUAUCAAGAUCCCGAAGGAUCUAUUGGUUGUCUCAGUUGGUUAAAUCGGUUCAAUUGCUGCGGCUGUUGUUGGUGCUUAGCCUGUUGUUUCUUUUGCUGUGGUCCACGAAGUGAUCUCUGUGUUGUUUGUGCGAAAACUUUAAGCCCCUCCACGUGCAUACGUUGCGAUACCAAAGACUGUCCUGGAAUCUAUUGUCACAGAUGCUUCAGUGAGUCCAAUAACAAAUGCUGCCUCUGCAAGCGUCCCAUUGACUAUGGUGAUUAUAGCGAUUUCUCUGAGGUUCAGGACUCCUCAAAUGAUUCGGAAUUGGAAUCCUUUGGACAUCGUGAGGCUCGUCUCUGCUAUAUGCGCAAGAUUCCAAUUAACUAAAAAAAAAGAGCAAAACUUGGCAAAAUUGUUUUAACUAUUCAGACUUUUUCAUUAAAUGCUCAUCAAAUAUAGCUCGAACGUUGCCAAAUUCAAUUUACUAUGCAAAAAUUGA